CCUGGAGAGAACCAUGGGGCGGGCGCACAUGGCAAAAAUGAUCGAGUCCCUGAAGCUCCAAAUCCAGGAGGAGACCAAAUGCCGGCUGGCCGCCCUGUCCCACGGCCUGGAGCUGCUGACCAUCGAGGGGAAGCUCUCCGGGCGGCAGAAAGAGGAGCUGCUCACUCAGCAGCACAAGGCCUUCUGGGGGGAGGCGGAGCGCUUCAGCAGCGAGUUUGUCCAGCGAGGCAAAGACCUGGUUAAGGCGUCACUGGUUCACCAAGCAGAGGAGAUGGCCAAGCUCACACUGGCCCAAGAAGAGGAACAGAGGAGCUUCCUGGCUGAGGCACAGCUGAGCACCGCCCCGGGCGAGUUCCUCCAGGCUUUUCAUGCAGUCCUGGAGAGGCAGAGGUUGACCCGGAGUUACCUGGAGGAGGAGGAGAACAUCAGAACCACCGAGGCCGUGGCUGUGCUCUGCCAGGAGCUGUACCGUGGCACCAUGGAAACGUUCCAGAAGUUUGUGGACGUCCUGUUCCUUCAGACACUCCCAGGCGUGACCGGCUUCUCCCGGACAGAGUGUGAGUACUUGAGGCAGGAGGUCCAGGAGAACGCAGCGCAGCAGCUGAGACAGUCGGAUCGCUUCCGCAAGCAGCAGUGGGAACUCUUCCAAGAUCUCCUGGAGCAAGACAAGCAGGUGGGCAUUUUGUACAACCGGGCCUGGGUAUCUAGCAGUGACCGGGUGACGUAG